UGCCAAUGGGUCAGGCCCUAUCGUUGUGCAAAAGGCCACGUGGAUUUGCCCCUGCUGGGCAUUUACCUGAGGCAUCUUCUGUUACUCCUGCAAUUGGAUCUUCCUUGGUAGCAGGCUCAGAAGGGAUGGUUCAUGUAGAGGGCGCUUCCUCUUCUCCUUCCAAACUUCCAGCGGGGGCGACUAGAGAUGGAGUUCCGGAUGGCUUACCGUCGGAGGUGAAGUCGCCUGCAAUCUGCGCGAAGUCGUCAGAGGCGUUGACCUCAGCUUCUGAUUUACCCGAAGGGUCUGCUGUUGGCCAUAAACGUGGCUCAGAGGGGAGACGCCCUUCCUCUGCUUCUCGUAAAAACAAGCUUCUAGAGGAUGCUUUCGGGGAGGGUUCUGAAUAUGUGGAUACCAUUUCACUGCCAGUUGAGGCAAGUAAGGUCGUUGAGCCCGAAUCUAUCCCUGGGGGCCAGGAAUCAGGGGCUGUUAUGGCAACAAGUGUUGAUAGUCUUGGUGUUGACGUUCCUUCAUUGCUACCUACCGCUUCUGAGUUUCAUCCAGGAGAUGUCGCUGCUGUGUCCCCGAAGGGUAUUGACUCUUUUGAAUCUCCUAGUGCUUUCUUGGAACAGCUCACGUCUUCUGCCGUGCGGACGCCAGUGUAUUUCCCCAGUGAUUUGGGUGAGGAUGACAGCUUGUUUGCGCGCCCUUCGAAGGCGUACUCUUCCGGCAUGGGAACGGUUGCGUUGACGUCUGAUAGCAUUAUGGUAUCGACGUUAGCAGAAGGUGAGAAGCCAGUUGCCCCCGUUGCUUCUGCGGCUGUAUCUGCAGGGGGAGAAGCAAGUGACAGAACAGGAGUAAUGUCGGAAUAUGGCCCCUCUGCGUCUAACGAAGUGAUGGAGGAAAUGCUACGCAUAAGCAGACCCCAUCUACCUACAGAAGCAGUUGGGUCUUUAAGUGGACAAGGCGAUUUGUUGCAGCAAGUAUCGGACCACAUCUGGAUGAGCUAUGUAUGUGCUUCGGCUGCAAGGCGAGAGUAUGCGGCGGCUAUGCAGAAUGGAACCAAAUUGGCAGAGCAGAUGGCGAAAGUAGAAGAGGAGCGGUCAGGGAGAAAGAUGGCUGAAGCGAAUCGAGAUGUGCUGGUAGAGGCCAUCAAGAGGCUAGAAGCAGAGUUGGCAGAGGCGAAAAAGAGGGUGACCGCGAUGGAGGAGAAGCUGGUAAGCACUGUUGGGCUUGAAGUGGAGCGAGACAAACUGAAAGCUGAUUUGGUGGAUAUGACCAAUAAAUGGAUGGAGAAAAGUCAAUUCUGCGUUCAGCAUGAAGCUCGCAUGGAAAAGCUUAGCAGUAUGAUGAGUGACCUUGACGAGGAGAUUGUAUCGUUACAGACUGAUAAGGAGACCUUAGAGAAGGAGAGAAAAGAGCUGGAGCAAAGGGUGAACAGUCUUGAGUCCUGCGCAGCGGAGGCCAAGAAGCAGAAGUUAGAAACUGAACUUCUAUUUGGGAAGAAGUUGAAGGAAGCAGAAGAGAGGGCAGUAGAGGCAGCUGUUGAAGCCACUAGGCAGCGUAUUCGAGACCGAGAGAUCACUGAACGCAAAUUUGCGAGAAUGGCAGAGGUAGACACUGCCAAGUAUCUGGAUUUGGCGUUACGUAACAAGAAGCAGACCCCAGAGGAGAAAUGGGCAAAGCUGGAGAUGUAUUGCAAGAACGUCGAUGUAAAGAUAGGAGAGUAUGACGUCGACAAGUAUUUGAAUGAACUUGGGGAUUUGCAGAUUUCUUAUCCGCCAUGUCAUUUGGAGAAGUUGAAGCUGAGGGGCGAUGCGCUGGGAUCGAUGUAUAAUGCCGAGGGGGAAGCCGUUGAAGAUACUGUUGCCAACUUGGCUCUUGAUGAAAAAGCAUCAGGUUCUACCUCUGUAGCUGAGGGCAAGUCAGAGGGUGAAAGAGGUGCCAUAGAAUGAAUGACGCACUUUCGUUCUGUGAACUUUUGUCAUUAGCUUCUGUAUACAAAUUCUUUGGGCUCUUCAGGCCGUUAGUUUAGAAUUGAUUGUAAUAGAACAUAUUGUUAAUACAAGUAGAACUUUGUUCCCUUUAGUUGCUUUGGCGUGUGCACUGUAUGGGUUUGAUGUCAUUUAGGGCUUAAUUGAACGUGUGUUGACAGGUGUAUGUUGUAUGACGUAUUUGGAUCAGGAGCUUCAUAGAUCUUUUAGGCCUUUGCGUGCGAAAUACAGCGAAAGAUUAUACAGAUGGUGGGAGAGGAUGCCCAGUUAAGUAUUGAAUAAUUGUGCCAUCUUUGUGUUUUGGUGAUGGGUUGGGUCUGACAACAAUGUCGUUGCAGGUGAGCACCGUGAGUGGACGAAUGUUCCCUUUUUAAGGAGAAUCUUUGACAACCCACAGUGGCUUUACUCAACGUGGGCUCUGGAAGAGCUUAUCAGAAGUGGCAUCCCGUACUAUAUAUCUUGUGAACGCUACGGGCUAGGCUAUCCGAAGCUAGAAAAUGCGAUGUCAGAGUACAUACGACGUAUCGAAUGGGAUUAAUUAUGGACAAGAGAAUAGAGCAAUUAUAAAGUCAGGGGUGGAUAUUGCCAUUAAUGUAAUAUAACUUAUAAAUAACAACUUCUGAUGUAUUGCUAUUUCUUAUAAAUAACUUAUAAAUAUCGACUUUUGAUUCCACGCUUUGCAUUUGUCAAUUGAAGUUAUUGCACAAAUAUUGAGAGAGGAAUUGAGUAAAGGUGUGUUUGUGUCCCCGCACUUAGCAUCUGUUAAUUUAGGUUGCUGUGAUAGUUGUGUCUUACGCCCGCGAUGUGAGCAAUAUUGCUGGGGGGUGCACCUCCUUACGUAUGUGUAGUAGUUGUAGUGGUCUUGUUCGGGUCUGGUCAUGCCCCUAGGGAUGGAAACUUUCCCAUUAGAUCAAAGGGGUUGACAUGACCCGGACCGAGUGCGGAGGUCAUAGCGUAGGGCACCGAAGCAGAUGCAAAAAGGGUCAAGAUUGUGGGGCGGUUAUCUUUCCAGUGCACUCAUACCGUGUCGCGUGGUGGGGGGGGAGCUUAGGCUUCCGUGCAUCCUGUCAGAGGCACUCAUUGUGCAGGAUAUGGGUGCGAUUGUGGGACAAGUUCCUCCCGGCCUUGGAUUGUCAAACCAGUUUGUGUACAUUGAAGAGGAAUCCCAAUCAUGACAGCAGGUGGUUCUGCUGUGAUAGUCAGGGCAGAUUAGACGGCUGGAGGCGCUCCUCUUAUGCGAGUAAGAGGGUAGGGUUUGCAGUGCGCCUCCGUUGGUCGGCCAAAUCAGCAUAGUCAAGGCAGAUU